AUGGUGUCUCUCACUGAGGAUGUCGACUACGAUGCAGGCGAAAUGUCUGACAAGCGGCGACAGGCAGAUGCUGGAAAUCGACACGUUAACCCCUAUGCCACACUGCCAUAA